UACAAUUUACAAUGAAUAAUUUAAACAUUAGUUUAUCGGAUUGUUGUUCUUUGCUAGCAUUAUGAAUGAUCAGAAUUUUACCCUCUUCAAUCUUCCAAGGAAGUUUGAUGAAAAUCAGGAAAAUAACAAUCAUGAAGAUAAUGGUCAUCUCAUUAAUAAAGACGCAUUGUUAGAAUAUCAGUCAAUUAACAGAUCAAUAUCAUCAUCAUCAUCCUCAUCCUCAUCCUCAUCAUCCUCAUCAUCAUGUUAUGUCAAUCAUGGGUUACAAAGUAAGCAUUAUGAUUUUGAUGAAAUUCUUGAUUUGAGAAUGCAUAAAAACAACAUCUCUGAUACUUGGCUAACAACAACAACAACAACAGUCUCAUCGACUUCUUCUGUUUGCUCGUUAUUUUCCACACAUAUGAAACAUGAUAAUUGUCGGUGUAGUAUAUCAAAUUCAGAAUUAUUAAAUAAUCUCACGGAAAUGAAUAACCAACAACAAAUCGAUGCCUUAUUCAAUGAUCAUUUUGUUUCAUCGUGUUCUUUAACAAGUUCUACUUCUGAUUUGACUACUUCCACUGCCACGACAUCGUCAGUAUCAUUUGAAAAAUCAAUGCAUACAAUCACCACUUCCGACAAUGGUUCUAUGAACAAUUCAAAAAAUCCUGCCACCAUGUUGUUAAAGAAUAUUCAAAAAUUAUCAAAAUAUAAUUAUUAUAAAUUCAAUGCGAAUCAACAAAAACAAUUGUUCAACGUUAAAAAUUUGAUUACUAAUGAAUUACAAUUGAAUAAAACAAAUUUUCUAUCAAAUUUGCCAUAUAAUCUUUAUCGAAUUCUUUCUACAUCGAAUCUACUACUUCCUACUUAUCAACAACAGCAUGAACAACAACACCAUGAUCAUGAUCAUCAUCAUUCUUCUUCUUCUUCUUCUUCUUCAUGUUCAUGUUAUCAACAAAACAAUACAACUAGUUCAUGUUCAUUAUUUAAACCAUGUAUAAAACUGUCUAAUAUGAAUUCAACAAGUCAACAAUCUUCAGCAUCAUUUCAAUUACCAAUGAAUUUUAUCACUUGGUAUAAUCAAUUUAUGUAUACUUUAUAUCAAUUACUUUUGAAACAACAGAUAAAACAACGACAACAAGUUGAACAGUAUAUUUAUCAUCAAAAUCAUCCAGAUUUAAAAUGGAUUAAAGAAGAGAAAUAUGAAUUAGAUAAGGAAUAUGAGGUUGGCAUAAUUUCAUCCGAUUUACACUUGGAGAAAGAGGAACGCGCACAAAAAGUUAACAAUUCAAUUGAUAGCUUAAAAGUGGAUACAUGUGAGACUGCAUCAUAUAUCAUGAAAAAUGAGGAAAAUAUCUCUAAUUUUGAAUCAGACCAAGAUAAAUUAUCAACUGAUCCAGAGAAAUGGAUAGUUUAUCAAAAUCAAUCAAAUAUCACAUCACAACAACUUCAUAUUAAUAAUAAUAAUAAUAAUAAUAAUAAUAAUAAAUUAACAAAUGAUAAAAUAAAUUCAAAAUUAAUGAAUAAAUUUAAAUUAUCACAUUCUACUAAAUCUUCAUUAUCCUCAAAUCCAUUACAAUAUCAUCGACAUCUUUAUUAUUGUCAUCGUAAUUCACAACAAUCAGUGAAUAAUCGUAUCAAUUGUAAAUUACAAAUGAAUCAUAAUAACAGUAAUAAUAAUAAUAGUUGUAUCAAAACUAAUAACAUGAAUAUAACUUCAGUGUAUCGUUAUCAAUGUCCACAUUGUAGGAAAGAAUUUCCACGUUCCGCUAAUUUAAAUCGACAUCUACGUACUCAUACCGGUGAAAAACCUUAUCGUUGUCAAUAUUGUCAAAGAGGUUUUAGUAUAUCAUCUAAUAUGCAACGUCAUAUAAGAAAUAUACAUCAACGUGAACGUCCAUUUAUUUGUACAAUAUGUACAAGAGCAUUUGCUCAAAGAACCAAUUUAGACAGACAUAAACGACAUCAUUGGUCUCAAUCAGUAAAUUUAAAACAAAAUGUAUAAAUAAUUUGUAUUUGUUCAACUUCAACAAUAUUGAAUACAUUUUUUUUAAUUUUUAUUCGAAUUUUAAGUUGAAAUUGUUUCGAUUCAUUUUCGAACUAUGAAAUCUUAAAAUGAUUUUGUAAAAGUUUUACUUUUCAUAAACUGUUCCUAUUAUCAUUCCGUUCAUGAUAUUUUCCAAAAAAAAGUUAAUUCGGACAAAGAAUAUUGAUUGAUUUACAUUUAUUAACAGUUUUAGUAAUCAAUAGACUGUGGGGUUCUUCCACAGGAAUUCUGUAUCGCAUCCUGCUUAUUCUGUUCAUUUGUUGAAUAAAUGAUGUGUUUUAAAUUAUUUCUUAAAUAAUUUUUUAAAUUUAAGCAGUUAUCUUUAUGAUAAUUCUAUUCUGUAUACGAUUAUUUGUACUGCAUUAUAUGUGAUAUACCUG